UAUAAUUCCUGAAGGGGAUGGGCUUCUCCAGGAAGCAACACAACAAAAGAUCAUUAACAAAGAUCAGAACAAACGCCUAAAAAAAGGAAACAGUUUGAUUAAAAACAUAUAAAGUUAUGUGAACUGGAGUAGUGGAUACCAGUCUACAGUUAACUGUGUGAAACUGAACCCAGAGACUACCAGAACUGAGGGGGAGCUUGUGAAAAUCUGUUGAUUGUGGCUGCCUGUGUUUGACACUGUCAUGGUAAUGACCUACAUAAGCAAAGAAUGAGGAUAAUCAUUAACCUCUGAAGUGACUGAACAGUUGACAAAUGGAGGCUUGUAUCUGGAGAUAAAUCCAAAGCGUAUUCUAAGUACAUUGUAUGCUCAGUCAGCCAAGAUACAAUGCAAAAAUUGCUGAGAUUGGGAUUUUUUGUGUUCUGUUUGGAGGUGAUUGGGGUACCCCUGAUCCAAGGACACAGCGCUUUCACUUGUGAACCCAUCCAAGUUCACAGAUGUCUUGGAAUGCACUACAACAUGACAUUUUUUCCUAAUAUAAUGGAACAUUAUGACCAAGAUAUUGCUGCCAAAAAAAUGGAGCCGUUUGUUCCACUGAUCAGUCUCGGCUGUUCUCCAGAUGUCCACAAGUUUAUGUGUGAGGCAUUUGUGCCAGCCUGCACUGAUCAAAACAAAGUGAUUCACCCGUGCAGGAGCCUGUGUGAGCGAGUGCACUCUGACUGCGCAAAGGUGAUCGAUACUUUUGGAGUCACAUGGCCCCCGGAGCUUGAAUGUGGAAGGUUGGAAGAAUGUCGAGGUUCUCUGCCUGGUACUCCGGCUCCUUCCACUAAGCAUGCGGUCACCCAGAAGACAGCCCAGCCUGUGCAGAGGGACUACGGAUUCUGGUGUCCUCUGAAACUCAAGACCCCGGUUGGCCAGAGUUCCAUGUUUCUGGGAGUGAGUGACUGCGCACCGCCAUGUGCGAACAUGUACUUCACAAGCGAUGAAAUCAAAUUUGCCAAGAACUUCAUUGGGAUUCUUUCCAUCAUCUGCCUUUGCGCAACGCUGUUUACCUUCUUUACUUUCCUAAUUGACGUCAAGAGGUUCAGAUACCCUGAGCGUCCGAUCAUCUUCUACGCCGUGUGUUACAGCAUCGUCUCCUUAAUCUACUUCACAGGGUUCCUGCUGGAUAACAGUACAGCUUGCAACAAGUCUAAUGAGAAGCUGGGGCGCAUGGAAACUGUAGUCCAGGGCUCACAGAACAAGGCCUGCACUGUCCUCUUUAUGCUGCUUUAUUUCUUUUCCACAGCUGGAACAGUGUGGUGGGUUAUUCUGACCAUUACUUGGUUUCUGGCUGCGGGGCCCAAGUGGAGCUGUGAAGCUAUUGAGAAGAAGGCAGUGUGGUUCCACUCCUCGGCUUGGGGGAUUCCCGGGGCUUUGACGGUAAUGUUGCUGGCCAUGAACAAAGUGGAGGGUGACAGUAUCAGCGGGGUGUGCUUCGUGGGGCUGUAUGACCUGGACGCACUGCGCUACUUCGUACUGGCCCCCCUGUGCACUGGUGUGGUUGUGGGUCUGUCUCUGCUCUUGGCUGGCAUCAUCUCCCUCAAUCACGUGCGACGGGUGAUCCAGCACGACGAGAGGAACCAGGAGAAGCUGAAGAAGUUCAUGAUCCGGAUCGGCGUAUUCAGCUGUCUUUAUCUGGUGCCUUUGGUUACCCUGCUGGGGUGCUACAUCUACGAACAAGGUCACCGGACCACUUGGGAAAUGACAUGGGUCAAUGACCAUUGCGAAGAGUACCACAUCCCCUGCCGACCUUACCAGAUUAAGACAUUAGCAAGACCGGAUCUUUCCCUGUUUCUGGUCAAAUAUCUGAUGACCCUAAUCGUUGGCAUCUCUGCCGUCUUUUGGGUCAGCAGUAAGAAGACAUGUUCAGAAUGGGCAUUGUUCUUCAACAAGACUCGCAAGAGAGAUCCCAUCAGCGAGAGUCGAAAAGUGCUGCAAGAAUCCUGUGAGUUUUUCUUAAAACAAAACUCCAGAGUGCAGCACAAAAAGAAGCACUACAAGCCAAGCUCCCACAAGCUGAGGGUCAUCUCAAAGUCGAUGGGGACCAGCACAGGAGCAACAGCAAACCACGGCACGUCUGCAGUCGGCAUCACCAAUCAUGACGUUUUAGCCCAGGCCACAUUCUCCGAGAUCAGGGCUUCAUCGGAUACUUCUGGGAAAGAGCUCGCAGAGCAGGGCAGUUCAACUCGGGCAAACCAGCCUCGGUCAAAAUCCAGGGAACGGUCACCCUCCGGCCAGGCGUUGACGUCACGUGGUUUGUCUGAGGAUGUAAUGGAGAAGAGGAGCAAAGCUGGGAGCUCUGGCAAAGUAAGCAGCCUCUCUGAGAGUUUGCAGCGAGUCCCUGAUGGAAGAAUGACCCCCAGAAGUGAUUUUCUGGAGGGUCGUCCAGUACAAAGCAGUCAUCCUCUGCGUCACAGCUCUUCACAGCACAGCAGCAUCAAGGGAUCCACUUCGUUCCUUGUUCAUAUUGUUCCUGAAGAGAAGAGCGAGCAAAAUCAGGACAACAGCUGCUCAAAUGCCUGAAAAGACAUCUCUGUUUCAGCUCAUCACAUUCUACACUUGCUUACAUUUGUAUGAACUUUUUAGUUUUGU